AUGGACUCUCGGCGCAGCUCCGCUCCGGCUGCAGCUCCCCUGCAGGAGACAGAUCGGAGCGCUGACUUCUGGCCUCAUCUCACACUGAUCCUGACAUGUCUGAGCAGAGCCUGCGGAGUGACACGAGGAGGCCUGUACAUCAUCAUCAUCAUCUGCUGCUGCUGCAGAGGAGAGAGGCGCGUUCACAUGCAGGACUACUUCAACUUAAAAACAAUCGACCUGCUUUCACUUUACUGUUACAGCUUUAUUUCUCCUGUGGGUUGUGUUAUUAGUAUUAGUAUAUUAUUAGCAUGUUGUGCUGCCACAACUCUGAUACCUUUACGGUUCUUGCGCCAAAAACGUGGACGAAGAGUUGACGUCACGUGGCCUGUGUGCGCCACUGUAAUUUAA